UCAUUCUUUGACAACAUCUUUGCAAUCAGGGCAUUACACUGACUCAUCGCUCUUGUCGGAGGAAGAAGUGUGUGAGCCUCUUGUUGAUAUGAACAGCGGUGUAUCUCUAAUUCCCGUAGUUUGCCCCGAUGACGAUAAAGGAGUUAGGGUCUAGCUAUGUCAGAUGAAAAUGAGCGAUUUACUGUUGCACCUGAGACGUCGCGACAUUUAGUUCAUUCAAUAAAUGAUUCGCCCGUUUCAAGUAUUUACACUGAUGAAGACGUCGAGAAUGAUGCAAGUUUAGCAAUUGGAGCAACUGUUGCAGCGAUAUGUGCCACACGUGAUGGUAGCAUAGAAAUUAAUGAUUACUCAGGAUCGUCAUUGGUCAGAACCAUGGGUGAUGGUUGUAUGAAUCCAUCAGAGGAAUAUCCAUCAGGCAAAGAAAUGACUUCAGAGGAAUUAAAACAGGCGAUUGUAUCGAUGAUGUUAAGAAAAGAUGAAGUUGAAGAACGUAACAGAUCAUUACAACAACAUUUGGAAAAGAGAUGAUGAAGUCAGCUUCUCUUCGUCUUCAAUUAGAAGAUUUAAAAAGAGAUAUGUCGUCGAAAAAUGAAGAAAAUUGCGUCGCUCUUAACGGCUUAAAAAGUGAAAAUGAUUUGCUCAAACACCAACUAAAGAAAUACGUGGGUGCUGUUCAAUCGUUGAAAAGAAAUGACAUUAUGGAAGAAGCUCCAGAAAAUGAAAGAGUUUCUUCCAUCAUUCUUUCUCCGGAAUCUGACGUCGACGAAGUGAGAAAGGAAGAAAACAAAGAUUUUGAGCGGAAGUUGAUCCAAGUUGCUGAUAUGCAUGGCGAACUUAUUGAACUCAAUGAAAGACUACAAAAAAUGUUGAACGCUCGUGAAUAUCAGCUAAGAAUAUUAAAAGAAGAGCUUGUCAAUCUUAGAGGACCGCUUCCUCAGGACAAUAAUCAUGAUGAAUGUUUAUAUUUGACGGAGUUUGGUCCAAAUUUCAUGUCUGUCAAUACUCGUCCUUUAAUUAACAUUUGGAUUCCAUAUGUUUUUGUACAAGGAAAGUCUCCAAACAUUCACCAUUCUUAUCAGACAAGCAAGCAGUUUGAACCUGUUGCACAAUUCACGUUUCCCGCGAAGAAAAUUAUUGGAAAUCGUGACGUCAAUUUUGUGGAAACACGUCGAAAACAAUUGGAAAAUUACUUGAGAAAAUUGAUCAAUUAUAGUCUGAGUGCUGUUCCAGAGUUAGGUGAAAAUCCUUGCAAGAGUUCUUUGUUCAAAUACUUUCCAUUUUUCAUGCAAACUUCAACGGUAUCAUCUGUUUCAACGACGACAACGACAACACAAACUGUUCCUCCUACACAUAAAGGUUAAAAGGUAAAACUUGUAGGAUAUCUGUCGAAAAAAAAGAGCAUAGAAAUUGUAUAAGUUAUAUUGUAUAUAUAUAACAUACGUAUAGUUCAGUAUAUAUAAAUAUAAUAUGUCUACAAAUUAGAAGAAUUUCCUGAUGCAUCAACUUCAAGGACUCUUUAUUGUAUGUGUUAUAUACAGAUAUUAUUUGUCAGUAUUUUCUACUAUAUAAUAGUACAUCAUACUGGGUUUUAACAAGUUAAAACAUAAUAUUUAACUUGAAAUGAAAACAAUCGUAUAUUAAAUACAUCACACGAAACCUA